AUGUCAAUGUAGUUUGAUUUGUAAGUUUAUCCAAAUAUACACUCUAUGAGAACUCAACCUAAUAAAUUAGAGAAAAUUCUUAAGAAUAUUUAAAGUUAAAAAAUUUUCAAUCAUUAUGUUAACAAUAAGUACAAAAAUUUUGAUGAAACAUUUUCUUACUUAACAAAAAGAGCUAUUAAUAAGGAAUCCCCAUUAUCCUGUUUACCUAGUCAGCGUAUCCAUUUAUUAAAAGAUAACAUUUUCAAUGAAUCAAAUAAAAAGGUCCUUUGCUAUCAACUUCCAAAAAUACAAUAGAAGCUAAAGACAUUGAAUAAAGCAAAUUUUUCAUAAGAGCGAAUUUGUUAAACUAUUCAAAAUUCAGAAUUGAUUCCAAUCACUAGAAGAAAGAUUACUGAUGGAGAAGAAAUGUAAUAUAAAGAUUAAUUAAAUAUUAAGAAAUUGA